AUGUCUUCUUCAAUUUCAUCUCAACUAAAAAAGGUUUCCAAAAAGAAAGGAAAGACGGCGGGAACUACAAUGGAAAGCAAGGUUGUUACCUACCAAGGUCAAUCUGUUCUUGUUCCCCAGAUGAUCUCAAAAGAGAAAGAAAUGCUUUAUGCAUCCCAGGUACUUAUUCCUACUACCGCUGCUUGCAAGAGGUUAGCUUUAAUGGGCCCUCUUACAGUUUUUGAAAUUUUAAAAGAUACCAGAAAUUUUUUCCCAGUUUGCUAUAGUUUCAAACCCCUGUUUAAUAAAAUGGAUAGCCCCAAACCUAUAGAAUCUUCUGACUCAACCACCGUAGAAAAUCCAAUUGUUCCUCCUAAGGACCCUUUUGUACUGGACUACGUAAAGAGUAACUUCAAACCGUUUCGAUCUUGCCCCACCUCCGACACUGCUUAUCAUAACUGGUUCAAUAAGGUAGAAGCUAAGAAAUCCCAGCAAUGGGAAAAAUUAGGUAUCUAUAACUUGAUUAAGCUGUCGAAGCCAGGUUUUACUUAUAGCCACCCAUUGUUAUUCGCGUCCCUAUAUUUCUGGGACAGUACUUAUAAUACUUUCCAUCUCCCUGGUGGAAUGAUUACCCCUACCUUCUUUGACAUAGCGGCCAUUACUGGGCUAUCACCAGUAGGAGAAACAUAUAUCCCUGACAACGAAGAACAUUCGAGUAUAAUCGACUUCGAAGUCAAACUAGCAAGUUUUUCAAAGUUUAUCAGCCACUACCAUGCUGAAGGAGACAGUGUGUCUGAUGUAGAACACAUUGAUUUCCUUACCUUAUGGCUGUCAAGAUAUGUCUUUUGCAGCAGAUCCCUACAGGUAGCCAGUAGGUUUAUUCCUCUAGCUAGAGAUUUGCAUGAGAAUCGGAGGGUGUGCUUAAGUGAACUGCUAUUAGUUGAUCUUUAUGAAAGCCUAAGGUCAGCUGUUUCGAGUCUAAAAUCUCAUACCUCCAAGAAUAUCCUGCUAGCUGGCCUUUUUUGGUUACUUCAGUUAUGGCUAAAUGCCAUGUUCGAACCCUCAUUGUCAACUGCCCACACCAUUGAUGAACAAGACCCUGAAAUAACGGAUAGAAUCGUUGAAGGCACUAGGCUGCAAAGACUAACCCCGAACGAUGAUAAGGAUGACUUCAAAGUCCUAUUCUCAAAAUACAUCAUGAUAUUCUCCAAGAGGCAUAAGUUCGAAGAGACCAUGGCGCCUUUUGCUUCAAGGGCUCAUGGACCUUCAUGGUUCACCAUGGCUCUCUCAGAAGCUGUCAAAAGCAAAGAGAUUCAAGAUGUAUGGAGAGCCUUCUUGCUACCCAGACUAAUCUCUUCAAGAAUAACUCCUGCCAAGAAUCAGAUUUUCCUUUUCGCUUACCAUCCAAAUUUUGUUUCGAGACAGUUUGGCUUGUGCCAACUAAUUCCUGAACCCUUAUUUCAAACGGAAAGUGCCAUUACCUCUGGGCGAACCUUCAAGGAACGGGAAGCCAAACUACAGCAAGAACAAUACCAAGGCUUUGCCCAGUUUGAGCUAAUAACUUUCGAACCUACCCACCUUACAGCAAAGGGGUUUCUGGAAUGGUGGACAAAGUUCUAUCAGACUUAUAUGUUCGAUACUCUUACCAUUCAGCAGAAACUAACUGAUGCCUUCGAUGUGCAGGUACCAUCCAAGAAAGGUAUGUUUACUCAUGCCAAAGAGAUUAAAGCUUUUCAAAAUUAUUUUGAAACUACUUAUGAUCCCACACACUUGGAAUCCACUGUGCAUCAAGCGGCUGAGACCUUGAAGGAAAAAUUCAAAGAAAAAGUUUCUAAGUUAAAACUUCCUUCAGGGUUGUCACCUGAGGAUAGGUAUAGGUUGGCAUUCGAAAUGCAUCCACCUAAAUUUCCUAGAUUACCUACCUCAGAACUGGCUCUGGCUUGGUUUCCUCCAUACCCUUGGUGGUUCACUUGCAAAGAAAUGUUCAAACAUCUUCAAAAGAAACCAAAGCCAUCUGAGACUGUGACAUGGGCUCGACACUGGCUCCACGAUUUCCCAGGACAUCUUCGUUAUGACCUUUCUGCCAUGUCGAUUAAAUCUGAUCAAGGCACAGGUGCGAAUGCUUGGGAAAAUCCCAAACGAUUUUCAUUUUCCAUAUCUUUAACUUUUGCCUUAAUUGUUUUGCUUUUCAGCCAUCAGGAUAAAGACUGUUGCUUCAAAGUCGAAAGAAGGGAGCGCCUCUCAAGCCUCUAUCGAAACCAUUGA